AAACAUGAGUACUAGACGCAGGGUUAGGCAAUCUGUAGGCCCUAUGACUGAUAGCACCAGCCAGCCUUAGCUGCCCCAAACUAAUGUUGGUCCUGCCCAACCUCAGCUGCCUCAGGCUACUAGUGAUUCAACGUCCAAGAAAACAAAGACUCGAGGCCCCACAAGAUCCUUUGAUGUUUGGAAAAUGCGUGAAGGUCAACGGAUUUCUAUUUCCAUCAACGAUCUAGGGCAGCCCGAUUGUGACAAUGCUAGUAAGCUGACAAAUUUCAUAGGGACAAUAGCACGCAAUGGGGUAUAUGCCCCCCUUACAUUUAAUGAUUGGAGGGCGGUGCCAAAUGCGAAGAAAGAUGAUAUGUGGGGGCUUGUCACGUCCAAGUUUGAGUUUGAUGGUAAUGCUAAGGCUUGGGUGCUGAAGUCACUUGGUAAAAAAUGGAGGGAAUGGAAGGGCAAGCUGAAGAAACUCUACUACUCUUCUCAUGAGACUGAUGAGGAGCGGCUCGUAGAUCUUGAUGGGCGGGUCUAAGAAGAUCAAUGGAAGACUCUUGUUCAGUUUUGGAACUCUG